UCUACGCGGAGCAGGUGGUCGUGUCUGACGUUUCAGGCCGCGCGCUCACGGUCACGCAGCUAGCUCGGCCGACAUACAUGUACAUGUAUACAUGCAUGAGCCAUGGUCAGUGGACGUUGAUUUGAAAUACGUCUGUUACAUGUAGUAUGUUUCGUCGCUUGCCACAUGCGCCUGCCCACCUUGAUACAUUUCAUCAUAAUUAUCAUGCCCUGUAGAAGUAGUUGCAGACCAUUCGCAGGACUGGACGGUGUGUGCUCGCUGGGAACGAAUGCCAACUACGCAAUGCCUUAGUCAAUGAGUGGGCCCCAUGUUCUUGUUCGGCUAACUGGCGUCCCUUUGAACGCGUCUCUCACUGCAAGCCAUUGUGGGUGACGUCUCCCUCGAACUGCCCAUUAUUCCAGACAUUAUGGGCAGCCAUACACGCUAGUACAUUCGCCCCAGCAGCUGCCGUAUGCGCACGUGUCCAGACGAGACAUCAACCACGGAGAGAAGACGACCGAGAUGAGUUCAGGCGCCGUGGACAACGCGAACCAGCAAGAGGUUCUCGUUGGCUUGUUCGCAGCGGUUGACGAUGGCGAUUUCUAUGCGGUGAAGAGGUCGCUAGCCACCGCUCCACAUCUCGUCAAUAUACCAAACAAGCAUGGCGAAACUCUACUGCACGUAGCAGCUGGCUAUGGUCAUUUGAAGAUCGUUGACUGCCUGUACCGGGCUGGUGCUAUUAUCGACUGCAAGGAUAAGCUGGGCGAUGCUCCACUGUACUGGGCAGCACGCUACGGACAACAGGAUGUAGUGCAGUACCUGUGCACACGUGGAGCAGCUGUGAACGCACAGGACACAGCUGGGGAGACGUCCCUACACGUCACGGCUCGCUAUGGUCAUCCAGAGGUGCUGGCUCACCUGGUGUCCGUCGGUGGUCUAGUGGACCUGCAGGACAAGGAUGGCGAGACAACUCUACAUUGCGCAUGCUGGCACGGCUUCACCGAGAUUGUGCGCUGCUUAUGUCGUGCAGCGGCCAACAUCAACAUUCGCAACAGAGAGAUGGAGACGCCGCUUCAUGUGUCCGCAGUGCGCGGCUAUGUGGAGAUUGUGCGCCUGCUGGUGGAGAAUGAUGCGGAUAUUGAUUCGCAGGACAAGUACGGCUGUCCGGCAGUACACCUAGCUGCUCGACGGAACCACCUGGACAUCGUGCAGUACAUGGUGCAGGCUGGUUGCAACUUGGAUCUCAGAGACAAGCAUGGUGAGACUUGCCUCCAUGAUGCCUGUCGUGAUGGCAGCCUGUCCAUCGUGCAGACGCUGUUUGCCAAUGGCUGUGAUCUCAACGUGCCCAACAAGCACGGUGUGACGCCACUACAGCUGGCUGCUAAGAACGGUCACUAUGAAGUGGUGAGAUGCCUGGUCAUAGCCGGAGCAGACCUGGAAUUGAUCAACGAGUCCGGUCACACAGCUGACAAGGUGGCAUCCAUGGCACACCACACCGAGAUAGCUAACCUGCUUUACAAUCUUCGGCAGGGUAACUUGCGAGAUCACUACGUGGACGAGUUAGCCAUGAGCGCCGUGCCCAUAGACCGUGUGAAGCUCAAUGUCUGCGGCAUGUCACGCACGGGAAAGUCGGUGCUCAUCGACUCCCUGCACACCAGCCUUCUCAAGAGCCUGUUCCGAAAGAAACCGCCGGAUGAGUUCAGUGAACACACGCCAUUUCGAACACAAGGCAUCAACAUUAAACCAGUGACUAUUGCUGGUGCAGGUAACUUCAGUCUGUGGGAGUUCAGCGGCAGCAAGUCCUACUACCCGGUUCACGAGUACUUCUUCGGUUUCGGUAACGCCAUCUUCCUGGUGCUGUUCAGCCUGCGUGAUGCCCACGAGACACAACUAGAGCAGGUAAGAUUCUGGCUGUCGCUGAUCAAAUCCAAGCUGCCGUCUGAUGGAGUGAUACGAGACCAGGGCCGUGGUCCUACUCGCCCGCACAUCAUCCUUGUCGCCACCAGAGCUGACACGCAGGCCGCCGAACGUAAUCCAGUGACAAACGAGUGGAUGAGCAUCAGUGGUGACCUGGUGCUGCGUACGGUGGCCGCCGAGUUUGCUCACUACUUCUACAUAUGCGAGCGCCUGUUCGUACUGGACGCACGUGCGUCACAGUCACGUGAGGUGCGGUCACUGCGCGUCCACUUGGCAGAGAUGAGAGAAAAGCUAGUGCAGUCCCAGCCCUGGAUGCCUCGCCUGUGCCUUUCAAUAGCGGAGCGUUUGCCAGCAUGGAGAGAUGAGAAUCGGCUCCUGCCGGUCAUGGUCUGGAAGGACUUCUUGACGAAAGUCAGCACGGAGCUGAACCCGCUAGUCAGCGAGGAACGACUCCGGAUCAGCACCGGCUUUCUCAUGAUGAGUGGAGACGUGGUCUACAUUCAACAGCCGCCGUUGGAGAACCUCGUCAUUCUGGACCCGAACUGGCUAGGCUCGACCAUAUUCGGACCCGCACUGAACCCGGACGCGGAUCACCCACAGCGCUCCGCACUCGGCCUGCGCUCCAACACUGGUCGCGUGCCGCUGCGCGAGGUGAACCGUGUGUGGCCGGACGUCGACGGCCAGUCCAUAUUUCACCUGCUGGAGCACUUUGACCUAUGCAAGCCUGAUAUCCAGGAUACUGGUGAGGUGUGCUAUGAGUUUCCAGCGCUGAUGAAGAGCCAGUGUCUGUAUGGACUGUGGGAACGCGACGACGAGCUGACAGUCUACGCUGGUCUACGUCUGGCCUGCGCCACGCCCCAGGACAUCUUCACGCCGGGAUUCUUUGCCAAGCUGCAGCUGUCGCUACGGCGGCGCUUCUGCGAUGACUUUGAUGACCAGGAGCUGAUUCUCUGGAAUGAAGGUCUCCUGUGCUUGAGAGGUGAUGUGCAGAUCAUGGUGGAGCUGGCUGAUGAUGGUAGAGCCAUUCAUAUCCUGGUGCGCGGUACAGAUGCCGAUCGGCGUGAGUGUCUGGCACACAUGCAGCUCUUCUUCGCUGUGUCCAAGCAGAACGUGGAGGAGACGUGCCCCGGUACCGACACCAUUACACAGAUCAUGAGUCCACAAGCAAUGAAGAAACACACCGACUUGGCUUGGUAUGAGCCUGAGCAGCUCUUACACGCACAGAGAACAGCAGUUGAUGACGAUGAGGAGGACACCGCAGGAGGUGUUCUGCACCAUGCAAUGGGAUUCAGCGAAACACUAUGUGACGUACUGUGCUGCGGCUGCCCGGAGCUCAUUCUCACCGCCAAGUCGCCGCCGUACGCACACGUACGCACGCUCGGCACACGCGCCCGCAUGAAGCUGAGUCGCUUGCUCGACGCUCACGACUCGCUGGGACGCGACUGGUGCCUCCUGGCGCUGGCCCUGGGUCUGAAUGAUGAAAUGCCGCAGCUUGACAGGGCGUCGCUGGUUAGAAGUAGUCGACUGCACUUGCCCGGUCUACCUUCAGGAAUCAGCUCAGCAACGCCGGGGCCGAUGGACUACCGGGACCAGGUGCGCUCCGACUUCACGGUGAGCCCGGCCGAGAAGGCCGAGAUCGAGGCCAGCCUGCUGGCCGUGGGCAGCCCGACGGACCGGGUGAUGCGCGCCUGGGAGCAGGAGAGCACCAGCACGGUGCUGCGACUGGUCGACGUGCUGCGCGAGCUGGGCAGGGCCGACGCGGCCAAGUGCAUCACGGACAACCUGCCGUUGACGCAGAUGAAAUCCGACAGCGACGUGGUGGUGACUAUUGGCGGCGCCGAGGAGACGUCGUAUAUGUGCUGAGGGCUGAGACGGCCUACACUGAUGUGCUGAGGAGACAUGCUACGUAUGCUGACGAGACAUUGUCUACAUGUGCUGAUGACUGAGAUGCCCAACAGAAUUAUGCCGAGGAGACAUCCUACAUGGGCUGAGGGCUGAGACGUCGCACAUGUGCGGAGGAGACAUGCUGCAUGUGCUGAGGAGACAGCCGGUGAUUGUAUAAGUUACUUGCUGAGGAGACAUGGCGCAUCAGUACACGUGCAAAAGGAGAUGACAAACUAGUUGCGACGAAGCAUCCUAGAACCCGAUACCGCUAUGAGGUCGGAUUCCACUAGCUGCAACGGUGCUGAGGAGACAUCCUGCAUCAGUACAUGCACUGCGGACACCAGUAACUAGUCAUGAAACACAGUAUUGCUGUGUGUUGGUUGACGUCAUAUCCGCUGACCGCUUCACUCUCCGACACACUUGACGUUAUUAUGAUUUUGUCUUGAGACUACGUGCUUCUGAGAUCACGAUUCGGUGCGCGUGUGGCUUUUGUAUGCCUAGGUGUAAGCAUGUCCAAGUCGACUCCUCGCAGGCUAGCUUUCUAUCAUGGCAUACUACCACCAGUUGAUCAUCCUAUUUCUGUGCUUGCAGAACCUACUGGCAUGCGUCUCCGUGCAAGACUUGCUAGAUAUCGGCCUGGUUGUUGAGCAUUUGAUUCUAGAUAGUAAUUCCUUGAUGCUAGUUAGUGCCAUUGACAUUGUGUCCGGCCAUACAGAUUGCCAUAGCAACCAUGGCAGCAUUAGGCUUAAUGCUAUCACUGGGCAUCACAGUCUUUGUUUUGUUGAUGUACAUGUAGCAAUCAAAAACAUUGCCAUAAAUAUGGAUUUGAGACUUUGAAAAA